AUGCCGUCGCAAGCAGCCCUGCUCAUAGGCGAAAUCACCCACGCGCGACCAGAAUGGGAGCAGCUCUCGUCGACAUUAACGCUCAAGGCGAGUCUCUUCAUUGAAUUCCCAAACGGGACACGAGAGCAGUUUCUGCAGCAUUGCAAGAGUGGAAUAUAUGACGAUGUCGUCGUGAUAUAUCGCAGCAAUACCUCUACCAAGUACACGGGCCGGUUUGAUAGCGAGCUGGUUUCAGCGCUGCCCAAGUCGGUUAAAUACAUUGUGCACAACGGGGCUGGAUACGACAAUAUUGAUGUUCCUGCUGUGACGGAGGCUGGAAUUGCGGUUUCUAGCACUCCAGUUGCCGUGAACAAUGCCACCGCCGACGUUGGCAUUUUCUUAAUGAUUGGUGCCCUGCGUCAGGCGCAUGUUCCUCUAUCUUCCAUUCGGGCUGGCGAAUGGCUAGGCAAGUCUACAUUAGGCCACGAUCCCAAGGGCAAGGUGCUUGGAAUUCUCGGAAUGGGUGGCAUCGGCAGGGAAAUGGCCCACCGCGCAAAAGCCUUUGGAAUGACUAUCCAGUACCAUAAUCGCAGCCGGCUAUCUCCCGAACUCGAAGAUGGCGCCAAGUACGUCUCCUUCGACGAGCUGCUUGCCAGCUCCGAUGUGUUCAGUUUGAAUCUGGCGCUAAACCCGUCGACUCGACACAUUAUCGGUGCGAAGGAGUUGUCGAACAUGAAGGACGGUGUGGUUAUUGUGAACACAGCGCGUGGGGCGUUGAUAGACGAGAAGGCUCUUGUUGCCGCAAUCGAGUCUGGGAAGGUGGCGUCCGCUGGUCUCGACGUGUAUGAGAACGAGCCGCAAGUCGACGACGGGCUGCUGAAGAGCUCCAAGGUAUUCCUGCUCCCGCAUAUUGGAACGAUGACGUUCGAAACGCAAAAGGAGAUGGAGCUGCUGGUGCUGGAGAAUCUGCGGUCGGCGGUGGAAAAGGGCGUAACAGAGAACCGAAUGUCUGAAUGA